ACCUCUUCCGGGCACGUCGGCAGGAAGUGGAGCGUGAGAGCCGGAAGUUGGGGGGAGUUUCCUGUGAGCUCGGUUUCCUCAACAUGGCAGCGCCCUUGUCAGUGGAGGUGGAAUUCGGAGGUGGUGCAGAGCUCCUGUUUGAUGGCAUAAGGAAGCAUCAGGUCACUUUGCCUGGACAGGAGGAGCCCUGGGACAUCCGAAACCUCCUUGUCUGGAUCAAAAACAAUUUGCUGAAAGAGCAGCCAGAGUUGUUCAUCCAGGGAGACAGCGUGCGACCAGGAAUUCUGGUGCUGGUUAAUGACGCCGACUGGGAGCUGCUGGGUGAGCUGGACUACCAGCUUCAGGACCAGGACAGCAUCCUCUUCAUCUCCACGCUGCAUGGAGGCUAGGAGCCCCUCUCUGCACCUGGGGUCGCUUGGGCCAGGAAGAAGAGAACAGUCAGACAUCCCCCUGGGCCCUACCUCCAGAUCUGCCUGUCACCUUUGGCUGCUUUCUUCCCUGCUCUGUCCCCUGAGUUCCCUCCAGGCAGGGAAAAGAGGCCAGGUGCUAAAAAUGAGCCUUUCUCAGGCACGUGAGCAGGGGGCUGGUGAGCCCAGCACCUGCUCUGCUCACAACUGGGGUUGGGGGGCAGGGUGCCUCUGGAUAUAUCAGGAGUGAAGGAGACUGCAGCCAGGUGAGCCAGCCACCAUUCACUCCUUGUGUCUCAUUCUAAACUCUGAACUACUCACUCUUGGGCCACAGUGUCUUGGUGAGGAAGAUGAAGGGACCUGAAUAACUGAUGGGAAGCCCCUCCUUUCCCGAAGACUGAAGUAGCUCCACCUCAGUUUCCCCAUCUGGAUGGCAGAGGAUGGUGCACGUCCCCCACUGAUAUCAUUAUGGAGUCCCAGCUGGGGUCCCUUAUUCAGGGCUGGCCCUCUUCCCCACCCCACCCCACCCCCACACACCCAGCAGCUGCUCUUCCAACCACACCCUUCCUCCUGCUCUCCCCAUCUCCAGUCCUUGACCCUGACUGGCCUUCUCACACAUGCAGGCCACCAGAUGGGCUCCUGAGACCUUCCUCUAGCAAAAGGCUGCCUAUAGUUCAUUCUGCAGAAGGUGGAGAGGAGGCAGGAGUGAGCUAAACCUGGGACUGGCAAGGGAAAAAAAGGCCUGGGUGGUGGGGCAAGGUGCCUCAGUUUCCUCCUCACCAACAUACCAAUAACUGAAUAUUGGUAGUAACUAAGAACUAGGAGAUGCUUGAUGACACAACUGUGGAUUUUAUUGUUCCAUGUUCUGCAGGAAGCAAGAUGUGGCAUCACCACUUGGUAGACAGUUGGUUCCCCUCCUCCCUUCACCCCUUCUGGAAGUUUUGAGUUCUCAGUGCCUGUAACUGCUGGCCAUGGGCAAAUAAAAGAUGAAGUUACUA